AUGGCUGAAAAAGAGGCAACAGUUUACAUUGUGGACGUGGGAAGGUCUAUGGGUGAGCGUCAUCAUGACCGUCCAGUGACCGAUCUUGAGUGGGCCAUGCAGUAUGUUUGGGACAAGAUUACUGCAACGGUGGCUACCGGUCGUAAGACCGCAAAUGUUGGUGUAAUUGGACUCAGGACAGAUGACACAUCCAACGAGCAAGAGGACGAUGACAGUUAUUCCAAUAUCUCAGUUCUGUUUGAGCUCGGCCAGGUCCUCAUGCCUGAUAUCCGGUCGUUGCGAGAAUUGAUCAAGCCUAGCAAUACAAAUCGCGGUGACGCGAUCUCUGCUAUCAUCACUGCCAUUCCCAUGAUCACUACUUUCACCAAGCAAAACAAGUACAAGCGCAAAAUUGUUCUUGUAACCAAUGGCACGGGUGCAAUGAGCAGUGAAAAUUUCUCAGAUGUGGUAGAAAAGCUGUUGGAGGUCAACAUUGAGCUGGUGAUCCUCGGUGCCGACUUUGAUGACCCAGAAUAUGGGGUGAAAGAAGAGGACAAAGACAUGAACAAGGCAAAAAACGAGGAGCUACUUCGUACCCUUGCAACAGACAGCAAAGGCAUGUUUGGAACGCUGGAACAAGCAGUCUCGGAGCUCGAGAUUCCCCGCAUCAAAGCCACGAAAAGUAUGCCGACGUUCAAAGGCAGGCUCACUCUUGGUAAUUCUGAUCAAUACGAAUCGGCAAUGCACAUCCCCGUGGAACGCUUCUUUCGGAUCUCUGUCGCUAAACCCACAUCCGCAAGUUCUUUCGUGAUCCGCUCUGGGGCUGAAAGUGGUCAAGGCCCUGCUCCAGGGAGUCAGGCCCCAAACGCUCCCGAUUCUCUCACGUCAGUGCGAAUGUCGCGCACAUACCAAAUCUCGGACGAAUCUGCCCCGGGAGGAAAGGUAGACGUUGAGCGAGAUGAUCUCGCAAAGGGUUACGAGUAUGGACGCACGGCAGUUGCAAUUGAUCAGGCCGAUGAAAAUGUCACCAACUUGCAGACAUUUGCCGGGCUAGACUUGAUCGGGUUUGUUCACGAGGAUAAAUAUGACCGCUACCUACACAUGUCUAACACAAAUGUCAUUAUACCAGAGCGUGGCAAUGACAACGCAUCUAUCGCGCUUUCAUCCUUCAUCCAUGCCCUCCACGAGGUUGAGUCAUAUGCAGUUGCUCGAUUGGUGACAAAAGAAUCCAAACCCCCGAUGAUCGUUCUGCUGGCACCAUCCAUUGAGCCAGAUUAUGAAUGUUUGAUCGAAGUGCAGCUCCCAUAUGCCGAAGAUGUUCGGUCUUACAGAUUUCCACCUUUGGACAAAGUUAUCACUGUCUCUGGGAAGACUUUGACGGAACACCGCAAUCUCCCGAGCGCUGCCUUGAAAGAUGCUAUGAGCGAUUACGUCGACAGUAUGGAUCUAGAUAUCAAGAAUGAUGAAGGUGAUUUCAUCGAGGGUCUGCCAAUUGAAGAUGCAUUCUCACCUCUGCUUCACCGUCUUGACUCUGCCAUUCGAUAUCGCGCAGUUCACCCAGAUGACCCGAUUCUGGAGCCUUCAGAGAAACUCACUGAAUUCUCCCACCCAUCGGAAGAUAUGGUCAACAAAUCUAAAAUCCAUCUCGCAAAGUUGGUCUCUUUAGCAGACGUUAAAAAGGUCCCUCCCAAGACAAGGGGUCGCAAACGCCAACGCGAGACAGAGAAACCCCUCUCUGGUCUGGACGUGGACGCUCUCUUAAACCUCGAGCCAGCACGCUCCAAAAUCUCCACCGAGAAUGCCGUCCCAGAAUUCAAGCAGACGCUCUCCCGUGCAACCAACAUUGAAGCCAUCCAGGAUGCUGUGCAGCAAAUGGCGAUCAUCAUCGAGUCGCAAAUCACGCAUAGUCUAGCUCACUCAAACUACGACCGGGUUGUCGAAGCUCUUGGGACUAUGCGCGAGGAAUUAGUUGACUACGAGGAGCCGACGAUGUAUAAUGAUGUCAUUGUUUCGCUCAAGGAGAAAAUGCUGGCAGAGAAGCUUGGUGGGGAUCGGAAGGAGCUGUGGUGGGCUAUACGGAAGAACAAGCUUGGUCUAAUUGAGAAAGACGAGGUCGAUAGCUCGACGGUUGAAGCUGAUGAGGCUCGUGAGUUUCUUGCUGCAAGCUGA